GACCCUGAGAUAAGGAGAGGUCGGGGUGAACUGCCGGAGCUCGGAAUCUACCGGCUGACCCGGGCGAAGCAGCCAAACCGCAGCGGCCGGUGACGCGCGCGCCCGCCCCUCCCCCGGCCUCUCCCGUGGGUGGCGCUCGCUAGUGACGUAUGGAUGUGAUGGCCGCCGCGAGGCCGGGAAGGUGAAGGUGGAGUCAACACAAUCACUAGCCAACCACAACCUGAAACAGCACAAGAGGAGAAAUCAACUUCUUUCCAUCUUUUUGACUACAGCUAUGUCCACGAUGCCCACCCUGUGAAGGUGUCUUACCAUCCAAAAACAUCUCCUCUGUUCCAGUUGUGCCAGCAGACGAUCCGUGGAUCCAUUUUAUUUUCCCUGCUAGGAGUUGGCUGUGCAUAAAACUGGCGCGAUGUCCCUGCUCUUCUCCCGGUGCAACUCCAUCGUCACAGUCAAGAAGGACAAGAGACACAUGGCUGAGGUGAACGCGUCCCCACUCAAGCACUUUGUCACUGCCAAGAAGAAGAUCAAUGGCAUCUUUGAGCAGCUGGGAGCCUACAUCCAGGAGAGUGCCACCUUCCUCGAAGAUACCUACAGGAAUGCAGAACUGGAUCCGGUGACCACAGAGGAGCAGGUGCUGGACGUCAGAGGCUACCUGUCCAAAGUGAGGGGCAUCAGUGAGGUGCUGGCCCGGCGGCACAUGAAAGUGGCUUUCUUUGGUCGGACGAGCAAUGGGAAGAGCACAGUGAUCAACGCCAUGCUCUGGGACAAAGUGCUGCCCUCUGGGAUAGGUCACACCACCAACUGCUUCCUGCGGGUGGGGGGCACAGAUGGUCACGAUGCCUUCCUCCUCACAGAGGGCUCAGAGGAGAAGAAGAGUGUCAAGACUGUGAACCAGCUGGCCCAUGCCCUGCACCAGGACGAGCAGCUGCACGCUGGCAGCCUUGUAAGCGUGAUGUGGCCCAACUCCAAGUGCCCGCUUCUGAAAGACGAUCUGGUGCUGAUGGACAGCCCUGGGAUUGAUGUCACCACUGAGCUGGACAGCUGGAUUGACAAGUUUUGCCUGGAUGCUGAUGUGUUCGUGCUGGUGGCUAACUCAGAGUCCACGCUCAUGCAGACGGAGAAGCAGUUCUUCCACAAGGUGAGCGAGCGCCUCUCCCGCCCCAACAUCUUCAUCCUCAACAACCGCUGGGACGCAUCUGCCUCGGAGCCCGAGUACAUGGAGGAGGUGCGGCGGCAGCACAUGGAACGCUGCACCAGCUUCCUGGUGGAUGAGCUGGGCGUGGUUGAUCGAGCCCAGGCCGGGGACCGAAUCUUCUUUGUGUCUGCCAAGGAAGUUCUCAAUGCCAGGAUCCAGAAAGCUCAGGGCAUGCCAGAAGGAGGGGGUGCUCUUGCUGAAGGCUUUCAAGUGAGGAUGUUUGAGUUUCAGAAUUUUGAGAGGAGAUUUGAGGAAUGCAUCUCCCAGUCUGCAGUGAAGACCAAGUUUGAGCAGCACACGGUCCGGGCCAAGCAGAUUGCAGAGGCCGUUCGCUUCAUCAUGGACUCUUUACACAUCGCAGCUCAGGAGCAGCGGGUUUACUGUCUGGAAAUGCGUGAAGAACGGCAAGAGCGGCUGAGGUUUAUCGACAAACAGCUGGAACUCUUGGCUCAGGACUAUAAACUUCGAAUUAAGCAGAUAACAGAGGAAGUGGAAAGGCAGGUGUCCACAGCGAUGGCUGAGGAGAUCAGGCGCCUCUCUGUGCUGGUGGACGAGUACCAAAUGGAUUUUCACCCUUCUCCCGUGGUUCUCAAGGUUUACAAGAAUGAACUGCACCGCCACAUAGAAGAGGGACUGGGCCGAAACAUGUCUGACCGCUGCUCCACAGCCAUCACCAGCUCCCUGCAGACCAUGCAGCAGGACAUGAUAGAUGGCUUGAAGCCCCUCCUUCCUGUGUCUGUGCGGAAUCAGAUAGACAUGCUGGUCCCUCGCCAGUGCUUCUCCCUCAGCUACGACCUGAAUUGUGACAAGCUGUGUGCUGACUUUCAGGAGGACAUCGAGUUCCACUUCUCUCUGGGAUGGACCAUGUUGGUGAAUAGGUUCUUGGGCCCCAAGAACAGCCGUCGGGCCUUGAUGGGCUACAAUGACCAGGUUCAACGUCCUGUACCCCUGACACCUGCCAACCCCAGCAUGCCCCCACUGCCACAGGGCUCGCUCACUCAGGAGGAACUCAUGGUCUCCAUGGUUACCGGCUUGGCCUCUCUCACAUCCAGGACCUCCAUGGGCAUCCUGGUGGUUGGAGGAGUGGUGUGGAAGGCAGUGGGCUGGCGGCUCAUCGCCCUCUCCUUUGGGCUCUAUGGCCUCCUCUAUGUCUAUGAGCGUCUGACCUGGACCACCAAGGCCAAGGAGAGGGCCUUCAAGCGCCAGUUCGUCGAGUAUGCCAGCGAGAAGCUGCAGCUCAUUAUCAGCUACACCGGCUCCAACUGCAGCCACCAAGUCCAGCAGGAACUGUCUGGGACGUUUGCACAUCUGUGCCAGCAAGUGGAUGUCACUCGGGAAAACCUGGAGCAGGAGAUUGCUGCCAUGAACAAGAAAAUCGAGGUUCUUGAUUCACUUCAGAGCAAGGCAAAAUUGCUCAGGAAUAAAGCUGGCUGGUUGGACAGCGAACUCAACAUGUUCACACACCAGUACCUACAGCCCAGCAGAUAGUGGGCAGCGGGGGGCGGGGCCGCCCACCCUCAGAGCUUACGGCCCCCAGGGCAUGCGCCUCAGUCCCCGGCCACCACUGGAGAGGAAGAAAGCACCCACUGUCUCUUGCCAUUUUGAGCCCUUCACCAGUUAUCCCGGCCCCUGGCCUGCUAUUGCAGGAAGAAACUCUGUCUCCCACCCCAAAGGAAAUAUAUAUCAACACGCGGAGAGCAUGGUACCAAGGAGUUGUGGCAAGGCCCUUCUCUGCUUUCAUUGAAGGGAUCUCAGAUAUCAGCUCUGCCCUUCAUGGUAUCAGGCAGACACCCCACUUUCUCCACCCAUACAUACCUGCCCUCCUUAUACCCCAGGGCACCGUACUACGAUGGAGUGACUGGAUUUUCUUCCCAGAAGCAUCUAACCUAGUUCCAGGAAGGCCUGGGCUCACCGGGGCUCACCUGGCAGGACUGUGGCUUGUGUUGUGUGGCCUGCAGCUUCAGCACUCUGUCCUGCUGUGGACAGAGUUAAUGAUUUGGUAGCCAGGCUUCGCAUGGAGCCCGAGGCAGCCCUGAGCAUGAGGGGUGGGAUGCCUCACAGCCAGCCAGAGUAGUGGGAGGAGCUCAGGAGAGGGGGCGUGGUUGGUGGGCGUGGUUGGGAGAAGGUGGUGCUGUCAGAGCUGGGGGAGGAGGGUCACCAUGAGGAGGAAGGCCUUGCCGCUCCCUCCCUCUGGUUUCAGUCCUUGGCCUGCAUAGUUCUGGGUUAUUACUGGUGUGGACUGCUUUGGGUCAAGCGGCAAAAGUAUGUAGUAGAAGGGACGGUGAAAGAUGGAGACUUGGCAUCAGGCUGGGGCAGGGGUCCCCACCCAGCACGGCUGGAGAAUGUGGUUGGUACAGAAUAGGGUCUCCACCUAACUUGCUCUGAGGGGAUCAUGGGCCUGAGAGCCCCCACCCCACCAGCUAGAUUGCAUCCCCACCUUACCUCAAGCUACUCUUGGCCACCGGUUCUCUGGACCGUUCCCUGUGCUGGUGACUGCAGUGAUCACCAUACAGCCUGAGGAACCCAGCUUCCAUCCUCCCGCUCACCUGCCUUUCAGCUUCGCCAGUUCCCAGAGCUUCUCCUGAUAUAUCAGGCCUCAUGUUGACAUUGAGAAAUGUUCCCUGCUGUUGAGUUUUGGGAUUGCCACUGGUCCGAGUGGGAAAGUUCUGGUCGUCGCCAAUGUUCAUGUCCCAGAAAGAUGAGCUUUUGGAGAAAAGGUCAGAGCAGAAAGAGAGUGCUGAGACCAGAGCCCAGGGCGGGGCGUCCCAAGUGUGGGAGGUGGGGAGGGGCCAGCGAAGGGCGUGUCCUGGAGCACGUCAGGAGAAUCAGUGUCACACAAUCCCAGAGAAUUCAUGUUCUUUUUAAAAAACAAAAUGAUUUAGAAUAAAAAUGGAUUUGUUUUCAGUGUAGCCCCUUGGGAAUGAGUGAAAUUUUGAGCUUCUUAUACAAUAAGAGACAUUAAAUUUGUACCACCAAGGGAGAGACCGUCUCUGAGAGAAGCGUGUGGCUCAGGGCACUUUGAUUUCUGACUGCUGACCUUGCUGUUUUCAUGUUCACUUCCUGGAGUGCAAGACAUGUUUGACGUGAGUUUCCCUUUGACAUAUGUAAGGUGAUCUAUGUGUCUGAAUUACUCCUGUACCAUUGCUGAUAAUAUUGGAAAGAAAUAAAACCCAGUUGGAACCCUG